AUGGGAAAAUCAACAAAAUUUUACAAGCGACAAACUCGAAAAGAACGAAAACUCAAAUCACUUACUGCAGAAGCAUUAAUUUCAUCUUCAUCCUCCUCCGUUUCCCCUCCGAAGCCAACCACGAAAUUCAAAAAAUCAUCGUCAAAGCAAUCCACUUUGACUUUAUCAUCCGGGGCCAUAGCUUCUAUAAAGAAACAUCGCGACGAAUUUUUAAAAGGAUCAGAUAAAAUCAAGCCGAAAAAUAACCACGAUGACAGAGACAAACAAGAGCAGAUGGAUGUAGACGACAAUAAGGGAAAUCAGGAUGGUAAGAAGAAAAAAGAACGAAGAAAAACCAACGAAGGGAGACCAGAUUAUGUCGAUAUUUUCAGUGGAAAGAAAACCUUUAAAAAGAUUCAAGAGUAA